AUGGAAGUUUCUGAAGAGAGAGACCUGUAUCUCCAUUCUAUUACAGCGGCCCUGGAGAGACUCAAUUCUGCCGCGAGUGAAUGCCAAUCAAGACUUCUUAGUGAACACGACGGAAGUAUAGAAGACCAUAGCGCCAAUCAGACGGCGCACGACAAUCUCGUACAGGAGGCCUACAAGUUCCUCCAGAUAGCGCAGGGCCCAAUAGAUACUGUUGCCACUUGCUUUGUGAGGACGGCCCAUGUAGCAUGUGCCCGGUCAUUGUUGGAGAUGGGGGCAUUUGAAGGACUCCCCAUUGGGGGCGAGUCCCGGAGUACGAAGGAGCUUGCGGAAGACCUGAACGUCGAUGAAGCUCUGCUAGCCCGAUUGAUGAGGAACUCUGCUCUCUUUGAAGAGACCGGACCGAAUCAAUACAGACACACUCCGUUUUCAGAAGCCUACCUCAGACCUGAAAUUCGGGGUAUGUUUCGCUUUGCAAUGGAUGAGCAUAUGCCAGCUCAUCUAAAGAUGCAUGAAUUCUUGAAGAGCAAUUCAUGGAGGGAGCCAACAUCCACUAGCAAUAAUCCGUACACGUAUGCUCAUGAUACGAAUGGAAAGAGUAUGUGGGAAUACCUAUCUGAGCGGCCAACAAGGAUGGCAUCUUUCAAUGAUGGUAUGACAUUGCAGGCAAUGACCGAGUUGUGGAUGAUAGACCUCUUCCCCUGGGAAAGUCUAUCGGACCAGCAACCUACUCCUACGACAGUGGUCGCAGUGGAUAUCGGUGGUGGUACUGGGAUGGGAAUCUCUCGCAUUCGGUCUUACUGUUGUAGUCUUCCUGGCAAAUUCAUUCUUCAGGAUCAGGCACAUGUGAUCCAAAGUGCAGAUCCACGUGGCAAUGGGAUAGAGAAGAUGGCAUAUGACUUCUUUGAGGAGCAACCCAUUCGAGGAGCUCUUACAUAUCUUAUCCGCCGCUGCCUGCACAAUUGGCCUCAGGAGAGUAUUAUCCAGAUCCUGAAGAACGUCGCCGCGGCAAUGCAGCCAGAGAAGUCCCGGCUUCUCAUUGAGGAAAUCAUUGUUCCUGAUAUGAACGCUGGGAUUGAGGAAGGAUGGAUGGAUAUGAUUAUGAUGAACCUUGGUGCUAAACAGAGAACCUUAAAGGAGUGGGAAGAAGUUCUUGCUUUAGCUGGGUUUGAAGUCAGGAAAAUUUAUCAGAUUCCUGGAAACUGCCACGGUCUCCUUGAGGUGUGGCUGAAGUGA